CCCCCUGUCUUUAUCCGUAUCAACGAUUGCCAGUUUUGCUCUUCCCCCAUCCACUCCGCCCAAAUUAAGUAAUAGAGCGAGGGAAAUCGGCAAAAAGAAACGACUGAUAGCCAUCAUCGUUCCCUAAGAUUUUAUUUUAUUUUUUCUUUUUCUUCUUCCUUCUUUCUUCUCCUGUCUCCAAGUAAUGAUCCCAAAACCUUUCUUCUUUUUGAUAACCAUAAUAAAAACCCUUCUCCACCCCGACACCGCUUUCUUCCCGUUCCUUGAUAUGCGGUAGACGGGCGGCGCACAUGGUGGCGCUGAGGCUCUGUCCGAUCGCCACCAUCCACGACCAUACAGGGACAUCGCCACCACCGGCGGCGGUCGCCAUGGCGGAAGGGAUGGGGACCUGUCGCGACCGGCUGAUCGACCAGUCGCUCACCGCCCGCUACUCGGGUUGGAUCUUGGAGGCGCUCGACGAGCUGCCGGACAACUUCUUGAUCAGCGAUCCGGUCAUCUCCGGCCACCCGAUCGUUUUCGCCAGCCGCGGAUUCCUCGCCAUGUCGGGAUACGCUCGGGAGGAGGUGGUGGGACGGAACGGAAGGAUCUUCCAGGGCCCCGCCACUGACCGGCGGUCGGUGAUGGAGAUCCGGGAGGCGAUCCGGGAGGAGCGGACGCUCCAGAUUAGCUUGCUCAACUAUCGGAAAGAUGGGACGCCGCAUUGGAUCUUGUUCCACCUGUGCCCGGUGUUCGCCAUGGAGGAUGGGCGGGUGAUUCACUUCGUGGCGGUUCAGGUGCCGAUUCCGAGGCAGUCGAGAUGCUCGAGAUCGGGAGAGAGGGAAAUGGUGUUCGGGACUUGCCGGAACGAGGUGCGUUUGGAUGAAGAUUGUGGGUGUAAUCUUGCGGUGGAUUCGUUUCUUGAUAUGGAUAACAAAGGGUUGGAUGCUGAAGAGUCUUGCAAAGCAAGUGAUCGAGAGAAGGAGAAAGCGUUGAAUGCUGCUACUAGCAUCUUAUCAACAAUGACUCACUAUAGCAAGCUUACAGGCAGAGUGGUCUGCACAAAGAGAUGCAGUUCAGCUGGCAUUGUGCCUCUCAGCUCGUCCCUAAAUAUAUCUCUUGGUAGAAUCAAACAGAGCUUUGUAUUGACUGAUCCACAUUUACCUGACAUGCCCAUCGUUUAUGCCAGUGAUGAAUUUCUAAGUUUGACAGGUUAUUCUAGAUAUGAAGUCUUGGGGUGUAACUGUAGAUUCCUACAUGGACCUGGUACAGAUGCUGGAGUUCUACAGCAGAUAAAGGACUGCAUUCGAGCAGAGCAAGCUUGUUCAGUCCGUCUUUUGAACUAUAGGAAAGAUGGAAGCUCAUUCGGGAAUCUUCUUCACAUAUCUCCUGUACGGGAUGCAUCUGGCAAGAUUGCAUUCUAUGUUGAGGUUCAGAUAGAUGAGAAUUCAAAGGGUGAUGAACAUGGACUGAGCCCAAAGAUGAGGCAACUUGGUGUGGUGGGACAAGUGAAGGUUGCCGUGAGGAGCUUAUCUUCACGUGCUGGCCCCUCAAGGACAUCAUCAUAGGGUACUUUAGUUUUCACAGUACCAUACGGGAUAUGUUUAUCGGUUGUGUAAUUAGUACUUUAGUUCUCACAAUACCAUUAGUUGUGUAAUUGGUUUUGUUUAUGUAUCUCUUUCUUUCUUUCGUUCGUUCGUUAUUUC